AUUUCCUGAAACCAGGCGGGUGUGUUGACGUCACCAACGUUGUGACACGUACGGCUCGUUGUCAGCAAAUAGCUAACUUUAUUCGGUUUUUAACAAUAUACAGUGAGUACAGCAACAUGCCCUGCCACAACCAGUCGUUAAAUAACGUUACUACCGGCCAAGAACAUAACUUAACCAAGCAUGUUCGGUUCGCCGCGAGCAGUAACAAAAGCAGCAGCGUUCCGGUGGCGCCAAUCUCUGAAGCGGUGGAUGACGUCAAUAAACAGCGUUUGAACGGGAACUGUCCGAAUGGUGGUGGGCUCGGCCCAGAUGUUUUAAACCUUGGACCUCAACUCAAACUGCUUCCUCUUAACAGUCAGAUACUAGAAUUACAGACCAUCAUCAGAGACAAGACAACCAGCAGAGGGGAUUUUGUGUUCUGUGCAGACCGACUGAUCAGACUGGUGGUGGAGGAAGGACUGAACCAGCUGCCCUACUCCGAGUGCACUGUGACCACUCCUACAGGACACAUGUAUGAAGGUGUAAAGUUUGAGAGAGGUAACUGUGGAGUCAGCAUCAUGAGAAGUGGUGAGGCCAUGGAGCAGGGUCUGAGGGACUGUUGUAGGUCCAUCCGCAUCGGGAAGAUCCUGAUCCAGAGUGAUGAAGAGACCCAGGAGGCUAAGGUCUACUAUGCUAAGUUCCCCCCAGACAUAAACAGGAGGAAGGUGCUGCUCAUGUACCCAAUACUGAGUACAGGUAACACUGUGAUCGAGGCGGUGCAGGUGUUGAUUGAGCAUGGACUCCAACCCAAACACAUUAUCCUCCUCUCUCUCUUCUCCACCCCACACGGAGCCAAGGCCAUCCUCCAAGAGUUCCCAGAGAUCACCCUGCUCACCACAGAGCUGCACCCGGUCGCCCCCACACACUUUGGACAGAAGUACUUUGGGACAGAAUGACAAACACACACACCAGACCGAACCACACCAGACCAGACCACAACACACCAGACAUCCCUAAGAUCAGUGUGAAUAAAAUAAAAAAAUCAAUGCUGAA